AUGGUAGAGCAACGUGAGAGGGAGAAAGAAGAGCUGGUCAUGGAGUUGGGGCAACUGAAAGAGCAAAAUGACACUCUGAGAAGUGCCCUGAAAGAGCAACAGCAAGAGAUUGAUCACCUCAAGGUUUGUUUUCAAGUUAUUUGUUCCAACAGCUGGUCAUUUCUAGCCCCUAGUCAAGUGUGUGAAUACAAAUGUGAGGUAACAGAAUUGUAACAUUAUUUCUGCAGCUGUCAAAAGAGGAACUAUACCAGGCAGACGGGAACAUGGAGAAGCAGCAGAAUGCAAGAAAGCAUGAAGAACUGACACAGAACGCUAAACCAAUGGAUGACUCACACAGAGGGCAGGAGGUAAUAUUUGGUCAAUUUUGUGUCUAUAACACAGUUAUCACAAACCAUCUGACAACUAAGAAACAACAUAUUGAAACAUCAAUGCUUUUGAACAUAACUUGUCUUGGGUGGAACUACACUGAGUGUACAAAACAUUAGGAACACCUGCUCUUUCCAUGACAGACUGACCAGGUGAAAGCUAUGAUCCCUUAUUGAUGUCACCUGUUAAAUCCACUUCAAUCAGUAUAGAUGAAGGGAAGGAGACAGGUUAAAGAAGGAUUUUGAAGCCUUUAGACAUGGAUUGUGUAUGUGUGCCAUUCAGAGGGUGAAUGGGUAAGACAAUGGAACUAUCCAAACAAUUUAAGAGGUUAUGGACAUGAUUUAAGCAUCUCUGAAUCUAGGAACAGGUGGAGCAAAGUGAGAGGGAGAAAGAAGAGCUGACCAUGGAGUUGGGGCAACUGAAAGAACAAAAUGAGACUCUGACAUGUGCCUUAAAGGAUCAGCUGCAAGAGGUUGACCGCCUCAAGGUUUGUUUGCAAGUCUAUUCUUUCCACAAGCAUUCUUACUUCUGGCCCCUAAUCAGGUUGAGAGGGUUAUGAAUUGUAUAUUGUUUCUGUAGGAAUCGACAGAGAAACUGGUACAGUUAGUGAGCAAACUGGAGCAACAGCAACAGAAUACUAGAGAGCAUGAAGAACUGACACAGAAUGCCAAAUCAAUGGAUGAAUCACAGAGAGGACAGAAGGUAACUGUCACAAACCAAUUUCCCAUUUGGGACUACUAAAGAACUACUAAUACUACUUCUAUUACUAUUGAGUGAAUUUUGUAUCUCAGUGGUAACAAAUGAUCUGAUCUGACAGCUGUAGGCUAUGCACUAUACAUCUAAAAAACCAUCAAUGCUUUUCAUUGUAUCAUAACCUCUUUUUCCACUUUCUCUGAAUUCAUGUCUUGUUUCUCUGUCUCCUUGUCUUGUUUCUAACUGUUUCUUUCCAUGAAUGGCUGCAGUCUCUGACCCCCAUUCAUGAAAAAUAUUUGGGGAAUUUAGUGUCAAAACAUGUGACAGCUGUAUGUAUACAAUCAAUAUUUUUCAAUGCUACUUCUACUAGUUUUCCUCAUUUCAGUCUGGUCUUGUCUAACUUGCUAUUUCUUUUCAUGAAUGGCUGCAGUCUCUGACCCCUAUUUGUGAGAAAUAUGAAAGAGCGUUGAUCAAGAUCAAACAGCUAAAGAAAGAGCGAGAGGAGUUAAGAGGAAAGGUUGAGGUCCAAAGUGUGGAGAUGGCACAGUGAGUCAAUCUUGUCUGGAGCAAUCCAUUCAAUGCAUGGGAACAUAGUCUCCCCUUCAGAAUACCGCUCCAGUGAUUAAAAUCAAAUAUUUUCUCAUGAUGUCAUCUGGUUUAGGAAUGUUUUGACAAUUGUGUCACUUGAUGUGGUCCCCUAUGCUCCUGUGUAUACAGGCUGAGCCCAAGGCUCAAAGAAUCUGAGCGAGAGUCACACAGACUGAAGGCUCACAUUCAGCUUUUACAGGUCUGCACAUCCAGCAAAGUAAUAUAAAGUGAACAAAUGCCUAUAACACACAGCAUUUUAAAAUGUGAAACUCAGAAAAUCCAAAUCAUGGAUUUUUAUAACAUUUCCAGGUGGAUCUCCAGAGCAGUGAGAAAGAGAAGAAAUGUUCUGCCCUAAAGGAGCAACAGCAAGAGGUUGACCACCUUAAGGCUUGUUUCCAAGUCGUUUGUCUUUCUAGCCCCUAAUCAGGUUGAGAGGGUUAUGAAUUGUAUAUUGUUUAUGUAGGAAUCCAAAGAGGAACUGGUACAGUUAGUGAGCAAACUGGAACAACAGCAACAUAAUACUAGAGAGCAUGAAGAACUGACACAGAAUGCCAAAUCAAUGGAUGAAUCACAGAGAGGACAGGAGGUACAGUUGAAGUCGGAAGUUUACAUACACUUAGGUUGGAGUCAUUAAAACUCGUUUUUCAACCACUCCACAAAUUUCUUGUUAACAAACUAUCGUUUUGGCAAGUCGGUUAGGACAUCUACUUUGUGCAUGACAAGUAAUUUUUCCAACGAUUGUUUACAGACAGAUUAUUUCACUUAUAAUUCACUGUAUCACAAUUCCAGUGGGUCAGAAGUUUACAUACACUAAGUUGACUGUGCCUUUAAACAGCUUGGGAAAUUCCAGAAAAUGAUGUCAUGGCUUUAGAAGCUUCUGAUAGGCUAAUUGAUAUCAUUUGAGUCAAUUGGAGGUGUACCUGUGGAUGUAUUUCAAGGCCUACCUUCAAACUCAGUGCCUCUCUGCUUGACAUCAUGGGAAAAUCCAAAUAAAUCAGCCAAGACCUCAGAAAAAAAUUUGUAGACCUCCACAAGUCUGGUUCAUCCUUGGGAGCAAUUUACAAAUGCCUGAAGGUACCACGUUCAUCUGUACAAACAAUAGUACGCAAGUAUAAACACCAGGGGACCAUGCAGCCGUCAUACCGCUCAGGAAGGAGACGCGUUCUGUCUUCUAGAGAUGAAAGUACUUUUGUGCAAAAAGUGCAAAUCAAUCCCAGAACAACAGCAAUGGACCUUGUGAAGAUGCUGGAGGAAACAGGUACAAAAGUAUCUAUAUCCACAGUAAAACGAGUCCUAUAUCGACAUAACCUGAAAGGACGCUCAGCAAGGAAGAAGCCACUGCUCCAAAACCGCCAUAAGAAAGCCAGUCUACGGUUUGCAACUGCACAUGGGGACAAAGAUCGUACUUUUUGGAGAAAUGUCCUCUGGUCUGAUGAAACAAAAAUAGAACUGUUUGGCCAUAAUGACCAUCAUUAUGUUUGGAGGAAAAAGGGGAACGCUUGCAAGCCAAAGAACACAUUUUUACAUUUUACAUUUUAGUAAUUUAGCAGACGCUCUUAUACAGAGCGACUUACAGUUAGUGAGUGCAUAGAUUUUUUUUUCAUCCUGGCCACCCGUGGGAAUCGAACCCACAACCCUGGCGUUGCAAACGCCAUGCUCUACCAACUGAGCUACAUCCCUGCCGGCUAUUCCCUCCCCUACCCUGGACAAUGCUGGGCCAAUUGUGCGCCGCCCCAUGGGUCUCCCGGUCGUGGCCGGCCACGACAGAGCCUGGAUUCGAACCAGGAUCUCUAGUGGCACAGCUAGCACUGCAAUGCAGUGCCUUAGACCACUGCACCACUCGGGAGACUAACACCAACCCAACCGUGAAGCACAGGGGUGGCAGCAUCAUGCUGUGGGGGUGCUUUGCUGCAGGAGGGACUGGUGCACUUCACAAAGUAGAUGGCAUCAUGAGGAAGGAAAAUUAUGUGGAUUUAUUGAAGCAACAUCUCAAGACAUCAGUCAGGAAUUUAAAGCUUGGUCGCAAAUGGGUUUUCCAAAUGGACAAUGACCCCAAGCAUACUUCCAAAGUUGUGGCAAAAUGGCUUAAGGACAACAAAGUCAAGGUAUUGGAGUGGCCACAAUUUAAAGGCAAUGCUAUCAAAUACUAAUUGAGUGUAUGUAUACUUCUGACCCACUGGGAAUGUGAUGAAAGAAAUAAAAGCUGAAGUAAAUCAUUCUCUCUACUAUUAUUCGGACAUUUCACAUUCUUAAAAUAAAGUGGUGAUCCUAACUGACCUAACUGACCUAUUUUUACUAGGAUUAAAAUGUCAGGAAUUGUGAAAAACUGAGUUUAAAUGUAUUUGGCUAAGGUGUAUGUAAACCUCUGACAACUGUAGCUGUCGCAAACCAAUUUCCCAUUUUGGAAUACUAAAGAACUACCAGUACUACUACAACUAAUUCUCAGUAGCAGUAAAAAAGCAUCCAAUCUGACAGCUAUAGGCUACACGCUAUAGAGCUGAAUAACAUAAAUGCUUUUCAUUGCAACAUAACCUAUUUUUUCCAUUUUCUCUCUCUCCUUGUCUUGUUUCUAACUGUUUCUUCCCAUGAAUGGCUCCAGUCUCUGACCCCUAUUCAUGAAAAAUAUUUGGUGAAUUUAGUGUCAAAACAUGUGACAGCUGUAUGUAUACCAUCAACAUCUUUUUUCAAUGCUACUUCUAUUAUUUUUUCCCACUUUCUCAGUCUCCUUGUCAUGUAUGUAACUUCCUAUUUCUUUUCACAAAUGACUGCAGUCUCUGACGAAUAUUUGUGAGAAAUAUGAACGAGCGUUGAUCAAGAUCAAACAGCUGAAGAAGGAGCGAGAGGAGUUGAAAGGAAAGGUUGAGGUCCAAAGUGUGGAGAUGGCACAGUGAGUCAAUCUUAUCUGGAGCAAUCCAUUCAAUGCAUGGGGACAUAGCUAUCUAGUCCAAUUCCUUUCCAGUCAUAUCAUGAUAUCAUCCCUUUUUUUUUUACAUAAUGUGGUUCCUCAUGCCCCUGUGUCUGUGUAAAUAGGCUGAGCCCAAGGCUCAAAGAAUCUGAGCAGGAGUCCCACAGACUGAAGGAUCAUAUUCAGCUUCUACAGGUCAGCAAACUCAGCAGAGUAAUCAAUGUGAUUGAAUACCUGUAACAUAUGUACACUCUUUAAAAUACUUUUUGGCCAAUUCAUUCAAUGAUUUGAGAAAAACAAUAAAUGGAACCUCAUGACCCUUUCCAGGUGGAUCUCCAGAGCAGUGAGAAAGAGAAGGAGAAGCUUUCUGCAGCGCUGCACAGAGGGUGUGGUGUUACACAUGAUCUAGAGGACCUGAAGACUGAGAACAAGGCCUUACGCAGAAGCCUGUCAGAGCAGGAACAGCAGCCACUGCAGAUGGUGGACAGUGAUUUGAAGGCGUGAACAAGUUGCUAAAAGAACCAUGUCAUUCCCCCUACACACCAUUGUGCAAUGUAAUACUGUAGUCUUCUUGUGUCUCUCCAGGUGCAAUACCAAGCCCUUCUUGGCCAGCUGCAGGAGGCUCGGACACAGUUGCGUAAGGAGCUGCAGGCUUCCAACAAUACCCGCAAACGUGCAGAGCAAGCAGAAAGGGAACUGAAGGAGGUCAAGGAGUGCAUGGAGAGCACGGCCAUGACGUCUGAUCAGAUGAAGCAGAAGAGCAGCAAACUAGAGGUGCUUUGAGAAUAUCUUAUACUAUUGAAUUUUCCAAUCCAGCGAUAUGAUUUUUGCUAACCAAUAUGUUGUUUGUUCUAUGAAGUUAGUUGACCUGUGAGAGGAAAUAAACAGAGAACACACUAACCUUGUUCUCUUGGCUGAUCACAAGUUGCCUGUUUUCUCCUCUCAGAUGCAACUUUCAGAGUUACACGGAAUCAUUGAGGAGAAAGAAAACAUGGCAGAGAUCGCUAAAGUAGAGAAAGAGGAGUUGUCCAGAGAAAAUCAGGUGACUGAAUUGUGCUACUAUUUACUAGUCAUUGAAUUAUUUACUUUACAAUAAAAUCAGGGACAUUCGCUUACCUUGGGGUUUUUCCAAUAUAUUCCGUCUGUCAGGAUCUCAAAAGAGAUAUUGAAAGACUUCGCAAGGAAUUUGAUGACGUCCAGGCUGCUCAAGUGCCCAUGCAGCUUCCCAACCCGUAUGGCUCUUCAAUGUACCCCACCCCCACUCAGGAGCAGCAGCAAGAUGCACUGGAUGACUCUCUCCACUUUGGGAACCCAUAUGAAACCCCAGGUAAUCCCAAUUCUCCAGCUACUCUAAAAUAUUCCAAAAUGAACACCACUUGCACCUCACGGACACACCUUGAAAAAUAACAAGUUCAAUUAUGACUGACAUACGAUUCUGUUUGCAGGCACUGCUAUAAACCUGGAGGAAGAGGUAUGUAAAGUCAUUCCUAUGGUACACAUGGUAUUAAUAAAGCAUACAUAUUUACAAGAACAUACGCAAGGGAUUUGGGAUCGAAGGGUUGAUUUCAUACUGCUCUAUCCACAAUCAUUUCUGUGCUACAGUAUAGUUAACUGAAUCUAGUCAAGAUACAAUAUUAUUACCACUUCAAGACCUGUGCCUGUCCCACAGUUGUCCUUGGAGUGUCGUCACUGCCAUGAAUCCUUCCCCGGCAUCACCCAGGAUGAGCUGGAGCUGCAUGAGCAAAGCCACAGAGUGUGCCCCUUCUGCACCCUUAUCUGUGACGGAAUGGCGCAGGCUUUAUAUGAAGACCACGUCUACAGCCAUGAGGUGUAG